CCCACUUACAAAGCUUUCAACAAAACUGCUUUCUUUGAACAGGGACAAGAAGCGCCUAACUCGAGGUCGCCUCAAAAGACAUUUUCUCCAUUAUCAGUUCCCUGUGAUCCGAAAUGGGAAGAGCGAACGUCUGUCUGAAACGGGGAUACGUUAUCUUGACGUGUUUAACCGGGGUCACCAGUGCCCUUUUAUUGGCAGCCACUCUGUUUGGUCAUGGAUACUUUGCCAAGGCUGAAGAGAUAGAUGAGAUGCUCCCGGGAAUAACUCAGUUGUAUGUGUUUGGAAUCACUGCUCUGCUCUUGUCAUUCCUUGGCGUUUAUGGAGCCUCAAAAGAGAAGAAGUGGGCACUGACAGUGUUUGCAUCUGGAAUGACCCUGAUCGGUCUGAUAUUGUUUGUGGAGACGAUGACAGCAAUACCGGGACGAAAAGAGGCGGUCGACUUGAUGAGGCAGGAGCACCUGGCCAUGCUGCCGCUGAGUCAAGCUCAGGACUCCAGUAAAGCUGAACUGAGCAACAUACAGGCAAAUCUCGAUUGUUGUGGCGUGGAGAACGGUUACGAGGAUUGGGGCUACGACAUCCCUGAAUCCUGUGUCUGCUCAGAAGACUCUACCAAUGAAUGCGUGCCAGCCCCUAUGAACAGCAGUCUGUCUGUAGCGACAACUGGUGAACAUAUCAAGAUUCAUAAACAGCCAUGUCUUCCUAUUCUGAUCAUUUUAGUCAAGAUGGUCAUUGAUAUCAUAUUAGCAGUGCUUAUGGUACUCACGUUAAUCUGGAUUGUGUCAGCUGUACUGAGCAUUGCAAUUCUGUGCCAGCUGAAACAAAAGGUCGAAGUCCCGCCGGUGGCGUACAGUGCAGAGGCCAAAUCAGGGAAUUACACCACCCUGAGAGACGCAUCAGAAAACGCCUAAUUUUGUUAAGCGCUACAAAAUGGACAAGGUUACUGCAGCAUGACGCCAAACCAAAUAAUGGAAUAGUUACACAAACAUAGGAUGGAUGCAAGAGUACCAGAUGAAGGGAGUCACAGAUUAUUAUCUCUUUAAACAUUACACUGUUGCCUCGAACAAUUUCCAAUCUGGACUGAAAGGGUACAGGGACGUUUGUCUCAACAGUUUCAUAAGUUUUUGUCUUAUGUGAGGUUUUGUUUUUUUGUUUUAUGUGGCUUUCAUGAUAUCUGAGUAUUUGAUAAGGGUCAUCAAAUCAUUAUAAUGGGCUUCAGUAGGGGGAUUUUUUUUUAACAUUCAUCAUUGGAAAGAAACACUUGAUUCUGCUUUAUGGUCUUAUUUUGCAAGCGCAAAAUGCUGAGCUAUGCAUUUUGUGAGGAGGCGAUCCAUAGCACAAAAGAGACUGGAAGAACAGGGGGAAAUAACAGAGUUAACAGUUCUCUGCAGUCUUCUGCAGGAGGUUUUUUGCUGUUGUGUGUGAAACCUAAGCAAGAUAAUGAUGCUUAGGAUACUUAAACUGCAUGUCGCAUUGGAAUUUAAUUAUUACAUUAUCAUAGAAGUCACCUGAAUUAUGUAGAAGGCACGUCACAUCUGGUGUGUAUGUUUCACUCUGGCCAUGAAGCCAUAAGGGGUGGGUUAUGAUCCUGUAGAGUUCAAUAGCGUUUAUCUGCUGUGAAAUAGGCUUAAAACUCUUAAAACAUCUUGAUGUGGGAGGCAACAGAUAACAAACGUUUGAUUUAAGCUGCAAGCAGCAGCAAAGCUUUCAUGCCUAGGCCAAAAGCACUGUGUUUUGGCUUCAUAAGUUCUACACGUAAGGCUCAGUGAAUUUUAAGUCCAUCGGGUGAAGCUAUGCUGUGUUUGCAUACUUCCAAAAAGAGGGGUGGCCCCUGAAAGGGCGCGGUUUGGCCUCGACGCCACAUGCCCUGUGCUGUUGAAUUGGAUGAAUUACCACCUCAACGCAGAUGAACGGCUUGAAGCUGUUUUUGUGAAGUGUGGACAGGUGGCAAAAAUGUCAUUGCAGAACAAGUGUUGUAUCUAUUAGCCAGUUAGUAGGUUUGAAGGUGUGACAGUUUAUGAAAGUCAGUGAUUUGUUUUGGUUGGGGAAAAAAACUUUGGAAGUGGGAGAUAGGGAUUAUAGAUGGAAAUAAACGUCCUUGAAGCGAAUGGUAUUUGGCAAUUUCAGCAUGUGCAGAAAAAAAGACUGGUUUAGUAAAUCAAGAAAAUUUAAACAAAAUUAAUGAAGCAUUUCUUCAUACUGGGAGUCAGCGUGGGUGUUUGUUUGCAAGCUGUCACUAGCAACCAAGGUCACUUUAUACCAGUCAUAUUUGACAAUGUAAUGCCACAAUAUGAGGUAUUUGUGUUAUGAUACAUGUCAGUGUGUAAGAGUGAGAAUAUACGCGUAUUCAUUUGUGUAAAAUAUGAUGCAUUAUAGUGAUAAAUAUUAUUUUUGUGCAAAGUUCGUUUCAUUUCAAAUCUGCGUUUCAUGCUUGCUGCAAACAUGGCUUCAUGAAGGACAAUUAUCAGAAACUUUGGUGUCUUUGAGACAAAGAGGGAACAAGUAAUUAUAAUAUACAUAGAAUAUAUAGAAUACAAUACAUGACAAUGAAGGAGCUCGUCUUCGUUGACAUAUUAAUGUACUAUACGUUCAAUUGGAUAGUCACUUUUGGCAGUAAAUACAGGCUAGAGAGAAAUAUAGCCUAAUUAAAGAUGCAAUUUUACAUUGAGCAAUCCUCAGUACUUAUACGCUUAUUCAGGCAUCCUCGGUCAUGAGACAAUCUGCAGAUCAAACAUACUAUGAGUCAAUUUCAGAUUUAGAAGCAUCUAUCCAAUGAUAUGCAAUGUUUGCAUAGGCCUGCCCUGCCGGGAAAUUUGUAGUGACUAGUGAAUAAAUAAAAAGUCUUGUUGCAGGCAAAUAACAUUUUCUCAUGAUUCUCUCAUGAUAAUGGCAGUCCAUCAGGGUUUGGUGACUAAAGACGCCAGGUAUGCUGAUGCACAAUUUACCAUAAUGAAAUGGAAUAAUCAGAACAGAUGUUCAUUAAACACGUCAGAUUCUCAAAUAUUGAUUGGAUGACAGCAGAUAUUGCUUUGUUGUGUUUUAUCUGGCAGUUAAUUAAUUCUAAUGUCUGUAAUAUUGAAUCCCAUAUGUGUUUUGCGCGGCACUGUUUUGAUAAAAAAAUUAAAAUAAAACUGAUUUGUCA